AUGUCUGACAACCAAAAGCAGCAACAAGGGGAAGGUCAUUGGGAAACGCAUUCCUAUUCAAGUAAAACAACAAAAGUUGGUGAUCAACCAGCGCAAACAGUUGGCGCCGAAUCAGCUGCACAAGGCACCUUUGAUCAUGGUAAACCGGUCGUAAAUGACUCGGAAACGGUCAAAUUUACAGAUAAAGGUCAUCCUGGUACAUUAGAAUAUUCAAAUCAGUCGGGUGGUGAUCAAAAACGUAUUCAACAAUAA